UAGUUGAGGUACUUCAACAGCAGGCAGGUGGAGAGCAUCAGAGGCCUUCACCAGAGAAGAAAAGCCAAGGUCAGCAUGGCCAGCCUUCCUCUGCUGCUGCUGCUGCUGCUGCUCUGGGGCGUGGGGUCCCACGGUUUCCCAGCAGUGACCUCAGACACACAAGAGAAAGAUGUGGAGAUGGUCCAGAAAUACCUGGAAAACUACUAUAAUCUGAAGGACGACGGGAAGAAAAUGGUAAAGCAGAGAAACCAUAGCCCAGUGGUUGAGAAGCUGAAGCAAAUGCAGAAAUUCUUUGGGCUGAAGGUGACUGGGCGGCCAGAUGCUGAGACCCUGCACGUGAUGCAGCAGGCCAGGUGUGGGGUGCCCGACGUGGCUCCCUAUGUCCUCACUGAGGGGAACCCUCGAUGGGAGCACACAGACCUGACCUACAGGAUUGAAAAUUACACACCAGAUCUGUCAAGAGCAGAGGUGGACCGUGCCAUUGAGAAAGCCUUUCAACUCUGGAGUGAUGUCUCACCCCUGACCUUCACCAAGGUCUCUGAGGGUCAAGCGGACAUAAUGCUAUCCUUUGUGUGGGGAGAUCACCGUGACAAUUCUCCCUUCGAUGGACCUGGAGGGAACCUCGCUCAUGCUUUUCAACCAGGCCCAAAUCUUGGCGGAGAUGUCCAUUUCGAUGAAGACGAAAGGUGGACCAACGACUUCAGGGAUUUCAACUUGUAUCGUGUGGCCGCUCAUGAGUUGGGUCAUUCCCUCGGACUCUCUCACUCGACUGAUAUUGGGGCUCUGAUGUACCCCAACUACAUCUACAGUGGUGACGUCCAGCUGUCUCAGGACGACAUCGAUGGCAUCCAGGCCAUAUAUGGACCCUCCCAGAAUCCCAUCCCUCCAACAGGCCCCCAAACCCCACAACCGUGUGACAGCAAGCUAACCUUUGAUGCAAUCACCACGAUUCGGGGAGAAGUGAUGUUCUUUAAAGACAGGUUCUACAUGCGCAUAAGCCACUACUCCCCGGACGUUGAGCAGAAUUUCAUUUCUAUUUUCUGGCCAAACGUGCCAAAUGGACUUGAGGCAGCUUAUGAAGCUGCAGAGAGAGACGAAAUCCGGUUUUUCAAAGGCAAUAAGUACUGGGCUGUCCGGGGGCAGGAUAUGCUGUAUGGAUACCCCAGGAACAUCCACAAAUCCUUCGGCUUCCCCAGAACUGUGACGAGCAUCGAUGCUGCUGUGUCUGAGGAAGAAACUGGGAAAACGUACUUCUUUGUCGGUAACAAGUACUGGAGGUAUGAUGAAUAUAAACAAUCCAUGGAUGCAGGUUAUCCCAAAAUGAUAGCAGAUGACUUUCCUGGAAUUGAAAGUAAGGUUGAUGCUGUUUUCCAGAAAGAUGGAUUUUUCUAUUUCUUUCAUGGAACAAGGCAAUACGAAUUUGAUCCUAAAACUAAGAGAGUUCUGUCUCUCAAGAAAGCUAAUAGCUGGUUCAACUGCAGAAAUUAUUGACCCACUGUUAUAGCAGAAAAAUAUAUUUCAGGAGCCUAAGGAAAGUGUCUUCCUGGAGAGCCAUUUGUUUAAAAGAAAUACAGAGCUGUUAGGUAUAAUCUUAUUUAUACCUCAUUCUACAUGCAUUUUUAUGCUUUAGAAUGCAAUGUAUUAUGUACUGCUGUAAUUUAGUUCCACAACUGAGAACUGAGUUCAUGGGUUAUAGAUUCAAAUGGGCCAUUUCUGCAAAGAGGCUCUUUUCCAAAGUAGAAGACUCUCACCCUGAUCUUGGAGUGCAGCUCUUCAAGAACGGAGACCAGAGAUACGAGCCUUUGCCAGAGAAAAAGCAGUCCUCUAACAUCUAAGCAGCCACUAGAACAUCCUUAUAUGCAAAGAACAACUUUUGUUACAGAAAAUAAAGUGUUUUAUGUUUGGAAUAA